AUGCAGGGAGUUGUACUGGAUAGAUCAAUGUUGGACAGCUUAUACGAUGCUGCAAUGACACAAAACAACACCAACGGAACUUCCCUGCAAAUGGCAGGCGUCCCUUCCAACAAUCCAUUCGAAUCCGAUGAUUAUAGCACACAAAUGUUUUACGACCCGUCACAGCCAAAUCAAUUACAGUUAGCUGAAAUCCCCCAACAGCAGCAAACACAACAGAUGAUAGGCUACGACUACAAGCAAGUGAUUGGAAUUCCACAACAGCAGCAAGAAACAUCACUCGUUGUCUAUGACUCCAAUCAGCAGCAGGAGCAAUCGUUUGUCAACAAAAAUCUUAUGCAAAUGACAGAUACACCCCUGGAGACCCCCAUGCAGCAGCAAGAGAAGCCAAUUGUAGCUUUCGAGCCUAUGGGUAACUCCCGGAACCCGUUUGACUAG